AUGGCAGACAUCGCAUUGUCAGAUAUACCGGUAACCAGAACAAGCACAUCAAAAGUACAUUAUCAGAAUGCAGUUUCCGAAAGCGCAUACCAAAGCGACAGAGACACCAAUUUAUUGAGUACAGAUCGCCCAACCACAGCAGCAUCUUUGUCUUCUUUGUCCAGUGAUGCCGAUAUCUCAGUCUGGCAGUUGGCCAACAUAGUGUUGGCCGUUUCUGGAAUCAGUUUUCUCGGCAGCUUUACUACUGGACUUCUCACUAUUGGUCUUCCGCAGACUGCAGCGGAUGUUGGGCUUUCGGAAGACUUGAUUUUAUGGCCGUCCUCAGUCUACGCACUGGCGAGCGGCUCUUGCCUUCUCCUAGCAGGCUCCAUCGCCGACGUAGUAGGCAACCGCAUCAUCAACCUGAUCGGCUGUUUCCUAGUCGGCUGCUUCGUCACAGCAUGCGGCCUAUCUCAAACGGGUGUCCAAUUGAUCAUGUUCCGUACCAUGCAAGGUGUCGCUGUUUCUCUGUGUUUACCAACAUCAGUUGCUAUUGUUUCUCAAUCUGUGCCCGCAGGUCGGAAACGGAAUAUAAGUUUCUCGGUUCUAGGGUUUGUUCAACCGGCUGGAUUCUCUGCUGGAUUGGUGCUGGGUGGUGUCAUGGUCAAUACCAUCGGAUGGCGAUAUGGGUAUUAUAUCUCUGGUGGAUUGACUUUGGCGUUAUUUGUGGUUAGCAUCUGGUCUCUACCGGCGGAUCGUCCGGGGGCUGCUGGAAAAAUUAGUUGGGCUAGACUUGGGAAAGAGGUCGAUUGGGUUGGGGGGAUUGUAUCGUGUGCUUGUUUGGCGAUGUUAUCGUACAUCCUUGCGGCAUUGACAAAUGACGUUGAAAAUAUCAAAACCCCGGGCAAUAUCGUCAUGCUCGUGAUUUGUGUGAUUCUCGUCCCAGUCUUUAUCUUCUGGGAACAACGUCAAGAACGACUCGGAAAACCCGCACUCAUCCCCAACUCAUUAUGGCGCAACUCCGUCUUUACAAAUGUGUGUUUGAUGGUCAUGUUUUCAUGGGCAGUCAUCAACGUCAUGGAACUAUACUGCAGCUUGUUUUUUCAAAAAAUUCAAGGCCUUUCUGCACUCCAAGCCUCCCUCCGCAUCUUACCCAACGUCGUGACCGGGUCCAUUUGCCAAUUGACUACAGGACUUCUAGUCCAUCGCGUAUCCGCUUUCUAUUUAGUAGUCGGAUCAACUCUCCUCACUGCUGGAUCCCCCUUGUUGAUGGCCCUAAUCAACGUCGAAUGGCCAUACUGGUACGACGCAUUCUUCGCUCAGGCACUGUCCCCAAUCAGCGCCGAUAUCCUCUUCACCGUGGCUCUACUGGUCAUAUCCGACGUAUUUCCGCCUCGCAUGCAAGCUCUCGCUGGCGCGGUGUUCAACACCGUCUCCCAGUUUGGGAAUUCGCUUGGUCUAACAAUCAUGGCUGUAAUAUCGUCUGUUGCUACAAAGCAUGCUGCUGCUUCGCCGGCAGAUGAUCAAUCUACAGGACCGCUUAUGGUGGGAUAUAGGGCUGGGUUUUGGGCUGCAUUUGCGUGGAUGAUGUGUGCUUUUUUUAUUGGGGGAUAUGGGCUGCGGAAAAUUGGAAAGGUUGGAUUGAAGACGGAUUAA